AUGUUUGCCAAACCGUUUCGAGUGAAAUCCAACACUGUAAUCAAAGGUUCAGACAGGAGAAAGCUCAAAGCUGACCUGUCGGUGGCAUUUCCGUCCCUGUCGGCUGAUGAGCUGUCUGAGCUGGUACCUAACAAGGAGGAGAUAAAUGUUGUGAAGAUUUAUGCACACAAAGGAGAGGCUGUUACCAUUUAUGUCCUCCAGAAAACCCCACUUUUCUUCGAACUGGAGAAGCAUCUUUACCCUACGGUGUAUGUGCUGUGGCGCUGCCCUGCUCUCCUACCAGUGUUCAGGACGUGGCCUCCUGUUCUUCAGAAGUUGAUCGGCGGGGCAGAUCUAAUGCUACCAGGCGUGGUGGGGCCUUCAUCUGCUCUGCCUGAUGUGAACCGGGGGGAUGUCUGCGCUGUUACAGUAGUAAAAAAUAGAUCUCCUGUUGCAGUUGGCAAAGCUGCAGUGUCCACUUCAGAGAUGCUCAAUUUGGGUAUGAAAGGGAGAGGAGUGUGUGUUCUCCACACUUACAUGGAUUAUCUCUGGGCUUUUGGUGAUAAGUCAGGCCCCCCUUCUUUGCCAGAUGCUGAGAGUCAAGAACAAGGAGUGAACGUAGAUGAAUGUGAAGUCAGUGACGAGGAAGAGGAGGAAGAGGUUGAGAAGCAUGUGGAUGAGCAACCAAGCUCAGUUCUAGAUCCGGUCUGCUGUGGUAUGGAGGAGCUGAAGCUAGCAGAGCUGGAGGAAAACAAACCUGAAAGUAACGAUGAGAAAGAGGAGGAAAACCAGGAUGAACAGAAAACACCUCAAGAGGUGAUGGAUGCCCUGCUGCUGCAGUGCUUUCUGCACGCUCUGAAGACCAAGGUGAAAAAGUCAGAGCUCCCUCUGCUGACUAGUGCGUUUCUCCGCAACCACAUGUUCCCCUGCUGCCCAAGUGGAAAGCAACUCGAUAUUAAAAAAUCUAGCUAUAAAAAGCUGUCCAAGUUUCUACAAGUCAUGCAGCAACAGUAUAAUCUUGUUCGAGUGAAAGAACUCACCAAAGGUGUGGAGAGCAUUGUGGAGGUGGACUGGAAGCAUCCAGAACUGCGUUCCUUCAGAAUUCCAGAGGAAGCAGCUGUUCAAGCAACUGUGGUGCAGGAGGGUGGGGAGGAAGACGUUGCGUACCAUCCCCCAGAGAUUACAACUCUGUACUCUGUGACUGCUCGGCUGGAACCUCUUUUUUUGGAUGCAGACAAGAGGAAAGGGGCAACAAUGCACCCUGCAGAGGUCAGGAGCAUAGUCACAGAAUAUGUGAAGAAGAAUGAGCUGAUAGAUGGACAUAAUAAAAAUUAUGUGAUUAUAAACCCUAUUCUGUGUGAUUGCUUACUGGAAAAAUCUGAAUACCAGGAUGUGGAGUCUCUAAAAUGGGAUGACCUUUUUAGCAGGACAUUGGGAAGAAUGCAGGAGUGCUAUCAAGUCGUCUUCCCUGGACAACGGCCUAUUUUAAAGAAGGGCCACAUAGAGCCAAUAGACAUAUCUGUGUCUUCUCGAGGCUCAAAUAAGAAGGUAACUCUGUUGAAGAACUUGGAAGUGUACGGUCUGGACCCAGCAGUAGUCUCCACUGCUUUGCAGCACAAAGUUCAGGCCAGCACUGUCUUACAGCCCAUUCCUGGAGCCAAGGACAAAGUUUUGGUCCAGAUUCAAGGCAACCAGAUCCAUCAAGUUGGCAAUUUUCUGCUCGAACAUUGUCAUAUUCCUCGCAAGUUCAUUGAAGGACUAGAUAAAGCUCCAAAAGGUGGAAAGAAAAAGUAG